AUGAUGGUCUCUGGAAGUCGCUUGGUGAUCCCUCGCCUCCGAGAAGUGGAAGAACAAUUUCUCUUGCAGCAGCCCACUCAUUUGCUCAGUCGGGAAGGCUUGACCUUGCGAGCUGAACAGCGGCAACAAAUCAGGAAUGUGCCCAUUCGGUGGAAGCGUGCCCAUCUCAUUUUCGUGAGUAUGUUCUUGGUCUUCCCCUUGACUGUGCUGUGGGAAUUCACCUACUGCGAUUUCUUCGGAGAGAACGCCCUGUAUUUUAUCAUUGGCUUCAGCUUUGCCAUGAACUUUGUCGACAAUGCCUUGUCCAGGGCUGUCCGUGAAGAACUUGUCCAAGUGCCACUCUCAACUGCCUGCAGCGUGGUGCUUUUCGUGGGUACCCUGGGCGCCGAUGACUUCGUGGACUUCUGCGAAGGCUUCUUCCUGGAGCUAUUGUAUGGUAUUGCCGAGCGGCUGAUCCUGGGGACCCUCUUUGAGGAUGGCAUUUUCGCGAAGCUCUCAGGAUUUGGCAGAGCCAUCGAGAAGGGUGUUGCUUAUGGAGUGCAUUGGGCAAAGACCCGCUCCUGGUUCUGGAGAAUUACCUUGCUGAUGACUGGAGGAAGAUCAACGCGGGCUUUGCUGAUGAAUGAGGGCAAGGAUGAUGAGGAGAUCUCACCUGAGGAGGCUGUGGGACUUGGUGAUUUGGAAGUGAUGGUGCAAGAGGGGACGCCAAUUGAAGAGGCCAUGGAAGAGGUGAUCGGAUGUGGCACCACUUGCAUGAGCCGCAUGGCUGGCAUGGCUGGCAUAUGUACCAUCAUGACGCCCUUCAUUAUUGCUGCCAUCUACGUGUUUGCCCAAGAGACAGAAAUCCCAGUGGAAUAUGAUAUCCGGAGCAGAGACUUGGUGUGCUACCUCCUCUUUGGUAUCAUCAUCGCACCCUUUCAGGUCAUGAUGGACAUCCUCAUGAACCAUGCUACUGAGCUUCAAAACAAUGUACGCAUCUAUGACUACAUGCUGUACUCCAAGUGGCGAUGGCGGAAUCGCGUGACCCGUUGGCUCUUCGAUGACCCACGGCUGGACCAAUCCAUCGCAGAGCCGUUGCAGAGUGUCAAUCACUUGGCCUUUUCGCCACAGUUCUACUUCAUCGAGACCUACUAUACCUGGGGCAUGUUAGUCUCCUUACUAUCAAUUACCGUUUUCUUGCGGAAGGAGCUAAAUCCGCUGGAUGAUCCAGCGCUCUUCCUCCUGGUGGGUCAGAUGUUCCUGUUGAACUAUCUUUUGGAUCGCAUGAUUCGCUGGCUGACCUCUUCCGUUCUUUGGAAACCCAUGGACAACAGCAACUUCCGCAUUUUCAGCCGUUCAGUAGCUCUGGCCCUCCAACGGAAGGAUGCGGCCGUGGCGCAAGAGAAGUACCGCCAGUGGUUUUGGCAGCGCCAUUCAGGUUGGUUGGUGAGCCACUUGAAUGACAUCUUCACACCACGCUCAAGGGAGCGCUACAAGGGAAAGCUCAGCCUCCUCUACCAGCAAGCCUUGCAGCUUCAACCGACCCGCGUGUACAAGACGCCGGGCGAAGCCUUUCCAGAGCCCGUCGGACAACAAGAGCUGCCGGAGAACCUGCGCUUGGAGUACCUGGGCAGCCUGGGCUCCAGAAAAAAUCGGGUGAUCUUUAGCAUAGGAGACCGUUAA